AUGAAGAAUAAGCAUCGUAAUAUACAAAAACAUUAUAAAAAAGACAAAAGUCAAAUUUCUAAUAUAAACCUAGAUAAUAUUAAUAUUGUUGAAGACUUACUAUUAGUAAAUACUACUAGUAUACUACAAAAAGUUUAUGCAGUGAUCUUCUUGUCAUUAGAUAAAUUAUGUAAGGGAAAAGCUAAAGCUAAAUUGAUAGUUUAA